AUGCUCUGCUCAGUCCCCGGUUCAAGCGGCAAAUCUACUUCCGGCUGGUUAUCCCGGCUCCGAUCUUCUAAAGGUUUCCCGCCCGACACCGAUCUCAAUCUCGACCAAUUCCUCACCAAACAUCACAAGCACAAAGACGCCCAAGAUGACCUCUUCUCUGUUUCCUCGAACGCUGCCGUUCCUUCCCAACCGGAACCUAGCUCCUCACGGCGUAACCCCGCCGCCGGAAUGCCAAUUCCAAGUCAAAAUCAGCACGCUAUGUGCAACAUUGUAAGCAAUGUACUUGCGGAGCUCUUCGUUAUGGAAGGGAGCGACGCCGUCCCUAAAUUGAAAUGCUCCCGCAAGCAACCAAACCCUAGGUUUUGUGGUUCCCUAAAUUCUCCCGCUUUCAGCUGCAUUAACAAUAAUGAUGCUGCUGCUUUGAGUACUGACCAUCCGGCCGCGAAGAUUCACAGUGCCUCCGCUUCGCCGGUGAGCAAUGAGGGCUUAGUCAAGUUUGUGGAAAAUCUCAACUCCGGGGAAGAAGAUUACGAGGAUGAGGAGGCCAAAGGCAAGGGUAAAAGUUUUAAUCUUUCUGGGUUUUCGAGGACUGAGGUGACUGUCAUCGACACUAGCGUUGCCAGUUGGAAAUUUGAGAAAAUGCUGUUCAGGAAGAAGAAUGUUUGGAAAGUGCGUGAUAAGAAGGGUAGUAAGACGGCUAAUCUUACAAAAAAGAAGAAGCGAAAAAUGAAUGAUAACCAUGCUGUUGGUGAUGAUGAUGAGAAUGCUUCUUCUGGUGGUGGGAGUGUCAAGAAAGCUAAGGUUGUGGAUGUGCAGUGUGGGGUAGCAGCAUCACAGGAAGGACAUCACCAGAGCAAUAAAUUGCAGAAAACGUACGCAAUGACAUCUGAUAACUUUUGCAAGCCUAUGAAAAAGAAGCAAGGACUCAGGGAAAGGAAGCUCAUCUGUUGUUCUCAUAAAAAGCAUACCCACAAAAAAAUGAAGAAAAAGGGUCUUCUGCCAACUACCAUCAAUUUUCAUUUUGAGGGAGAUGAUGAUGAGGCUGGUGGAUUUGGUGUUAACUUCAAACGCUAUUGUCGCGUUUUGGAGCUUUUGUGUUGUACAAAGCUUCCAGCUAUGACCGACCUCCUGACCACCAUACCCACUCACCCCGUCUUUCCUUCUCCUUACCUUUGCCGUUGUCAUGCACCGAACCUAGCAGCUGCUGUUUCACUACUUCCAUUACAAUUAGGUCUAAAGGGUUGCUGCUUCCCUUCCCGAAGAUAUACCCUUUCCAGCAAGAGUAGCAGCAGGGACUCUUUACUCCUUAAAUGCACCGGACAAAUGGACGGUUUCCACGACAGUGGGGAAACCUCUAACACUAUUAAGGACAUUUUCAGAGAUCCAGCUGUGACGCUGUUUUCGCUCUUUCGGCAACUGGGGUUCGACGUUGGAGAUGUCGAAACGCUGUUGAACGUUAACCAUGCUCUCCGGGUCACGCCUUACGAAAUUAUUCAUGACAGGUUAAGUUGUAUACAGGCUCUGGGAGUCACCGGUAUCGCUCUCCAUCGAGUCAUUCUUAAACGGUCUCAAGUUUUAACGGCUCCAGAAAUGGAUUUUCUACUGUCGUUUCUACUUAAGAGCAGUGAUGAAGAUGAUGAUUUGGAUUUGAAAGGGAAAAUAGAGCCUGCCCAGAUUGAGCAUCUCCUGAUCAAUGCAACUGAACCCAGGUUGUUGUUUCCGGGAUUUGAUGUUAAAGUAAGGUUGCUAAUCCAAAAUGGGAUUCCUCAUGAGAAGCUUGUUCAUGUUCUUAACAAAAUCAACUUGAUCAAGGCCAUAUGCGUCAAGUCGAGCCAAGAGAUUGAUCGGAUGUUUGCUUUCCUUGGCCGUUUUGGAGGGGUGGAUUUGAUCCUGAAACGGCCCGCGAUCCUGAACUGCAAUUUGGACAGCCAGCUGAUGCCAAGGAUUAAUUUCCUGUUGGAUUUGAGCGGGGGUGAUGAGGUUGCCACUGCUACAGUUUUGCUUAAGCUACCAUUUCUCGUGGCGUAUAGUGUCGAUCACCUGAGCGACCACGUUGAGUUCCUGAAAUCAUUUGCCGGAUUAACUGAGAGUGAAAUAUUCAGAAUCGUCCUGGUUUACCCGAAUUUGUUCAGUGCGAGCAGGACAAGGAAGCUCCAUCCCAGAAUUGAAUUCUUGAAGCAAUGUGGCUUGAGUUCCCAGGAAAUAUAUCGGUUUUUGACAAAAGCGCCUCUUUUUGUCGCCCUAUCGUUUGAAGAGAACAUUGCGUGCAAGCUGGUUUUCCUGGUCAAGAUCGGGUACAAGUACCGAACUAAGGAGAUAGCCACGGCAAUGGGCGCUGUCACCCGAACCAGCUGCAAGAACUUGCAACAGGUAGUAGGGGUUUUCUUGGAUUACGGAUUAACUUGUAAUGAUAUCUUGGAGAUGAGCAAGAAACAUCCUCAGAUAUUGCAGUAUAAUUAUGAAUCGCUUGAAGAGAAACUGAACUACUUGAUUGAGGAGAUGGGCCGUGAAGUGGAGGAAUUAUUGGCUUUCCCUGCAUUCCUUGGUUAUAAACUAGAUGGUAGGAUUAAACCUAGAUAUGAAAUGAAGAAGAAUAUUUUGGGUGAAGGGAUGUCUCUUAACAAGUUAUUGAGUGUUUCAGCCGCAAGUUUCUCCAAUGAAAACAAAUGUUUGAGGGACUGA